CACAUGAUCUAAUACUAAUAUAACCUGCACCCUAUCUAGUGCACUAGAUGUAGUCUAGGAGCCGAUUAGGGUUUGGUCUUCAGCAGACUGUGGUGUUUAUAGAAGGUGUUUAUUAUUAAUGCCUGGUUGCAGAUUAUAAAAAUGACCUUGUGUCCUGAUGUGAUGAACAUUAUGCUGGACCUGAGAGAUUCAUCACAUCUCCAAGAUGUUUCUACAAAACACAGUACAGUAUCCAACUUGACCCAAAGUCUAUCAGCAGAUCUGUAGUGUUCCAUCAAAACCUGGAGAAAUGAAUCUGAGAUUUCUGUUUAAAUGGCGUGUAGACACACACAACACAAACAACUUACAGCACACAACACACACACACACACACACAACAUACAACCCACAAACAGCACGCAACACACAGCACACAACACGCACUACACAGAGUCAGGCCCAUAAGUAUUUGUACAGUGCCCCAAACUUCUAAAUGUCUUCUCUGUAUGUCACCAUGGUGGACUUUAAAUAAAUAACAGAGAUGAGAGAAGUGUGGACCUUCAGCUUUAUUUGAAGGACUUUAAUAAAAAAUGACACCUUUUAAUUUUCAUGAUCUCAGGAAUUGGACACGUGACUGAAGCAGUUUGAUGGCCAGAUGUGGCCUGUUUUUACUGAUUUCAGGAGAGUUGAUUCCAGGUGUUACAUUUGCAUUUGGUGUCUGUGAAAUCUUUCUGAGGUGUAAAGAAAGUCAAUGCAAGUGAAGGAUCAUCAUUAAUCUGAGAAUUUGAGCAGGACCUUUAGUAUGUCCAAUCAACAUUCUCUACAUUCUUAUGGUGAUGCACUGGUGAACUCAGCAACACUGAAAGACCUGGAAGAUCACAGAAUUGUUCCCUUGGUGAAGAACAUUUCAUUCACAACAUCUUUCCAAGUCAAGAACACUCUGAAGCAGGUAGAAGUAUUCUCUUUAAAGAAUACAGUUGAGAGACCUUAACAAAUAUACAUAUAGAGGAUUCAAACCAGUGGAUACAAUCCAGAGCAGAAAUACCAGAUAAGCCUGCUGGAAAACAUCUACAAGUUUAGUUCUGGAAGAAGAUGAACAUUUGUCUAAAUUAUAGGAAGAUAUGAACAAUUCCCUGUCACACCCUGAUGUCUGCAACAAGCUCAAGCAAGACUUCUGAUCCUGUCUGCAUAAACAUCACUCAUGCACAAAUGUCUGAAAUAAUCCAUCCUAAAGCAGAGAAGUCCUAUCAGUGCUCAGAGUGUGGGAAGAGUUUUACCCAGCUCAGCACACUUCAGAGGCAUCAGCGCAUCCAUACAGGAGAGAAGACUCACCACUGUCUACUGUGUGGGAAGAGUUUCAAUCAGCAGAGCACCUUUCAGAGACACCAACGCGUCCACACGGGGGAGAAGCCGUAUCGCUGCUCCGAGUGUGGGACCAGUUUCACUAUCCAGAGUAAUCUUAGACGACACCAACGCAUCCACACGGGAGAGAAACCCUAUCACUGCUUACUGUGUGGGAAACGCUUUACUAACCACAGCACCCUCCAGCACCACCAGCGCAUCCACACCGGGGAGAAACCCUACCAGUGCUCCCACUGCGGAAGGGGCUUCACUGAACACGGGACUCUGCAGAGACACCAACGUGUCCACACCGGAGAGACGCCUUACCACUGCCUGGACUGUGGGAAGAGUUUCAAACAGCAAACUGCUCUCCAGCAACAUCACCGCAUCCACACCGGGGAGAAGCCCUACCAUUGCACACAGUGUGGGAAGAACUUCAUUCAACAAUCUCACCUUCAGCAACACCAGCGUACUCAUCGUGCAGACGAGUCGUACGUGUGGGAGGAGUUUUACUAACCCAAGUCCGUUUCUACAUCAGUGUGUUUCGGCAUUGUUUAAUUCAUUCAGAUGGAGUUCAUGUGAUUCCUGAAUAAACAUCAUCUGUUUCUUGUUUAUCUCCUAACAAACAGCAAUAAAUGAUUUACUAUAGUAUAAGUCCUCUUAUUAUAAAAGCACAGCAGGACAAUAAAGCUCAUGUAAUGUGUA